CUCGAGUCCAUUAUCUAUGUAUCAAGGAGCCUCACGUAGACUACGAUAGAUUAGUUCUAUGACAAGAUACUACGAAUGAUAGUUCCGCCAACAUGCCGCAAACUCCUGUCAAAAAGGGCCCUGAGCUCACCAUCCACUUGGAUCGUCCAGAUUCAACAUACAUUCCUGGAGAAGUGAUUACGGGUCAGAUAUCACGGAAAACCCACAUUGUAGCCGCUUCAGCGACUGCCAGGAUCUCAUUGCAUGCAAGGAGUAAAUCGCGAAUGGUGGCUAGGCGCGGGCACUUGACAUCGACACAUCGUGGACGCUUUGAUCUUGUGCAAUCGACCGAGUACUCAAAAGCUAUUUUUGAAGGCCCUCUACAUAUUGCUGAGAACGAUACGGAGCAGAGCUGGAAAUUCUCAAUCAGUCUGCCUAACAACAUAGAUGGACCUGCACUACAGCUGUUGGCAGGGCCGGAUCAGACUUAUCUCACAGCGGAUGUAUCAGAGCAACCUCUCCCGCCGACAUUCUUGAUCGAACGAUAUGACUAUAUGUCUGGAAUGUCAGCAUUCGUCGAGUAUUACUUGCAGGCAGACUUGAAGACAACAUCAAGAGGUUCUGGUACAGUUGAAGCAAUACUGCCUUUCAGGAUGCUUUAUGUAAACCCAGUGCCCUUAAUGAACGAAAUAGAACGUUACACAACAAGUCAUACACUCGCUAUUCAAGGACAUAAUCCUAUGGUGGCCAGCGUUGAAGUUCAGGCUCCGACAACUCUGCAGAUCGAAGGUCCGAAUCCCAUAUCAUUCCUGGUCUUGGCAGUUCCACCUGAUGCCAUUGACCUUGAGAAACAAAAACCCGGGCUUCCUUCAAUUCAGAUAACCCGAAUCUUCAUGGACGUUGUUGCAAAGACGGAGAUCAAGUGUCCCAAGGGAAAGAAUGUUCAUGAGACAGACUGCCAGGCUCGGAUAACUCUACAUGCUGAAGAUGGCUUUAAUCAAUAUGACAACGAUUUAUACAUCCCGUGGAAGACACCAGCCACGGAGGGGCAGCAUUUGCAGGGAAGUGGUUCACCAUCUGAGAUGGGGCCAUCAGAGGGUCUCGAUAUCGGAGCGAAACUUGGUCUCCGUCUCCAGCGAAGCCGGGACUUAUAUCCAUCCUUCCAAACAUUCAAUAUCCGCCACACGCACCGCCUGCAAUGGGAGAUGACAGUAGAGGUUGCCGGCAAAAGCUUUGAACUUUCUGAUGAGGAACCAAUCAAGGUUCUCAGCAGGCCUGAGACAGAACGCAGCACGGAAUGGAUCCAGCCGCCUCCAGAAGACCAACCGCCAAGCUUUUCUGAUGACGAGGACGUGGUCGGAUCAGGGUCUAGACGCAGCAGCCGCCAAACAGAUCCAGCUGCCGGCGUGGGUGGACUGUCACGACUUUGGGUGUUUUGAUACACAUUUCCCGAAUCGGUCUCGGUGUAUUGGGUCAAGGAACAUACUUGAGCUACGUCCAUUUUUCAUUCUCACCAAAGCAGAUGAGCAGAUAUUGAUUAUUACAAUAGUUCGUUGGCUGAAUAUUUGUCUCUAAAUAUACAGUUUUCUUCUCCCCAUUUUGUUUAUAAGCUAUUGUCAAAACGAUUUCGUUAUAAGCUAGUUUGAUCAAGGCCGACUUCGGAGAACCCCCU